AACCAGAAAGAGAUUUGAUUCCUUCCUCAUCUUUAUCCCUCAGCUCUGUUUGACGUAUCAAAGCAAGAAUCUUUAGAAUGACGACCGAUUUUGAUGAUGCUUUCGUUUCUUCAAGACAACUCCUUUUGCUUGCUUCGAUUUGUUUCGGUGCUCUCAUGUGCAAAAUCGUUUAUGACUUGACUCGUUUCAUAAGUCCAUUGUUCUUCAGUGUUUAUGGAAACCUCAACGACAAAGUUAAAAUGGAAUGGAACAAUAGGGGAUUCUCAACUUUCCAUGCUGUUUUUACUUCUGUGGCUUCAAUUUACUUCUUGGUGAUAUCUGAUCAAUUUGAUGAGAAUGUUCAUGGUGAUUCGGUUAUCAAUAGUACAACGAGGUUAUCGGAAUCUGUAAUGGGGAUCUCCUUAGGCUAUUUUCUAGCAGACUUAGCAAUGAUCUUUUGGUAUUUUCCUACUCUUGGUGGUAUUGAAUAUGUUUUUCAUCACCUCAUAUCGAUGUUUGCGAUCUUUCUGUCUGUCACAAGUGGGCAAAGUCAGUUCUAUAUCUUCUUAGUUCUCUUAUCAGAGGCCACAACCCCGUUUGUUAAUCUACGGUGGUACUUGGAUAAUAGUGGUCAAAAAGGCUCAAAGGCUUACACGCUGAACGGGAUUGCCCUGUUCUUGGGUUGGCUGGUUGCGAGGAUCCUUUUGUUUAUCUACUUCUUUGUUCACAUGUACCUCCAUUUCCAUCAGGUGAAGCAAGUGUUUCCACUGGGAUUUUACAGCCUUCUUACAUUGCCACCGGCUCUAGCAGUGAUGAAUGUCCUUUGGUUCUGGAAAAUCACCAAAGGAUUGAUCAAAACACUCUCAAAGACGAAAACAUCGGGAAUGAAGAAACAGUGAUGGUUAGAAAGCUCUGCUUGCCCUGAAAAAAGAUUUUCGAUUGCAUUCACUUUGACCUAUCCAUGAAAAAUUGAUUGAUAUUCAUGUUGUGAUUGUCUCUGAUGCCGUUUGGGUUUAUGAACAAGAGUGUGCAAGCUUAUGGGGGGAUUUGUAUAUUCAAACCUUUCAGCUGUUUCUUAGGUAUUCAACUUGUAAAGUUAGAACCAGAAUCAGUGUUUCACUCACAUUUUCAUGAUGUUACUGUUACCAAUCGCAGAACGGUUUAGGUCCGGUUUGGUUUAAACCGGCUAGUACCAAAUAUAUUUAGUACUUACUA